ACCAUACCAGAGCGAAAAAACGAAGAGGAAAACCGGAAAAGAAAAUGGAGGAGUGGAGACCGAUAAUCUUUACGAAGCCGGAGGCCAAUGACGCGUUAAGGAUAGUCCAAUCCAAAGGGGUGACGAUCGCUCUAGAUGGGUUAUCUCGCGCAAAAGCCGUCGAGGCUAUCGAUUCCUUCCUCAAACAAUACAAGGAAUGCUUUUGGACAAUAGUGAUCGGCGAGAUUAGCGUUGCGAUCAGAGAAGAGCUCCUAAAAGGUAGGAGUGUGAUCGACGUAAAGUUGGUUAGAGAAGUUGUCGAGUAUCUUUCAAACCGCCGCGGCGUGGAGAAGAAGAAGGAGGAGGAGGAGGAGAGCUCGGAGGGCUCGGGGGAGGAGUCUGAAGAUGAAGAAGAUUCGGAUCUGGAUUUGAAAAAGGAAGAGGAGGAGGAGGAUGAGGAGGAGGAGGAGGAGAUAGAUGAUUUAAAAGAUGAUCCUACAACGAGACAAUAUUGCAUCGAGGAUCUGUUGUUACUGUCCAGGAAGAAGGGAUUGAGUGUGAAAGAAGGCGAUGAGGAUGAGAUCCUGGAGAUGAUGAUUCCCCACCUCCGCGGAUGCCUUAUGUAUUCCCGGGGCAUCAAGAUUUUCCUGAAAAGGGUGAGAGAGCAUAUGGAUAGGUGUAGCACCCUCAACGAUUUGGAGACUGUGAAGGCCGCCCUCGAGAAUCCCAUUUUUCGUGAAGAAUAUGAGGACUGGAAAAAGGACAAGAGGGAGGGGGAUAUGGCUGAUGCUGAGGACCAAGUUAAUCAACUGUUAAAGAAGAAUAUGGUACCAACUGAAGAAGGGAUUGCUGCCCCUGUGAACCAGAUAGAAGAAGAAGAAAAAAGAGUAUGUAGAGAUAUAACAGAAAUUGAAGAAAUGGAGACUUUGACCCCCUUGAACCUGCCAGAACAAGCAAAAGAAAGUACGGGCAAUGCUUAUUCCUGCAUCAAAGAAAGUUUGGAAAGGGCUGGAGCUAAUAAGAGAAAGCGUGCUCAGAUCUAACCUGGGUAUUAGUUUGUUCAGUAUGUAGAGGAUUUGGAGUUUGGUAUGUAAUAGUUUGGAGUAGACUGACCAACGAGAUAUUAACGAAUGAGAAUUAUGCGCUUUUUUUAUGUUGUUUUCCGUGUACAUGAGAAUUUUCAAUUUUGCGUUACCUUAACACCCGAACCUCCCUCGUAGUU